CAACCCAUCAAUCGCAUUGGCGCAUCAACACACAACACACAACACACAACACACAAAUCCAAAAUAAAAAAAGAGGACCAUGAAGAGAAAGCCGAGCAAGAAGAAGACAACGGCCAAGACGACGACGAGUCAAGCGUCCUCCUCGUCUGGUACUAGUAGUACUAGUGCUAGUGCUACUAGUAGUGAUCCUCCCUCCUUGGACCCUUACUUUGCUCGACUGGAACGCUUCGAGUUAUUCGAGACGAAUCAGUGUUACUACUUGAUUGGCUGCAAUCGAACCAACACGCACUAUCGAGUAUUGACGUUUGAUCGGACGUUGAUUGAACGGCCGGCCAGGCCGAGUGACUGGAAUAAUGGAAAUGACAAUGAUCCAUUUACUCAAAAUACUCACAACAGCAACAGCAACAGCAAUACAACUCCACACAAUCGAAGCAAUAGCAACAGCAACAACCACGGCCAUGAUCCAGCGCACAACACUACUAGCAAUAGUGGCAAUCACACUAGUAGUGGAGACUCGAACGUUCAUCCUCAUCAUCCAUCCGAACAGAGUCAUCACGCCAAACCCACGCUGCGUCCCUUGUGUGAUUUUGUACGAGAAGAUGAUCACGUGUACACACAAGAAGAAAUCAAAGAGUUGCUCGAUGUCAUUCACGAUGGCAAUCGACUCAAUAGUCCUUCUUCCAAUGCUUCUCAGACCAAUGAAGGCAACAGCAAUAGCAACAGCAACGGCCUCAAACCCAUUGUGAGAGCGUACGGCAUUGUGGGAUUCAUUCGAUUCUUGGAUUGCUACUAUUUGACACUCAUUACAAGACGUGCCAAAGUGGGCAGUAUGGGUGACACGGGAAAUGGCAUUUACACCAUCAAGGGCACGGAAUCGUUUCCACUCAAACCACGCGGAUCCACAUACUCCAAUCCAUCCACUUCCAAUCACAACAGCAUGGUCUUUACUUCCUCCACCGAUUAUUAUGGGAGCAGUCACACGCAUAAUGGUCCAUCCACCCACAAAAAUGACAAUGCGGCCGCUCCCGUCGAUCCAUCAUCCCUAUUGUUGAAUAUGUGGAAUCGCGGAAAACGACAAAUUGGAUUGGGAUUGACGGGACGUGAAAUUGCCGAAUUGCGUUAUCAAGGACUCUUUCAAGUCAUCAAUCUACAUCAAAACUUUUACUUUUCGUACACGUACGAUCUCACCAAGAGUCUGCAAGAAAACUUUUUUUUGACGACCUCCAAACCCAUGCCGCCGCCGCCGUUCAAAGAUAUGUAUGCCUGGAAUUAUUUUUUGACAAGAGAAUUUGAAGCCUGUUUGACGACGAGCAGUCAAAAUCAUUGGAUCAUGCCAUUGAUUCAUGGCGCAUUUGUCCAACGCAAAUUGCAAGAUUACGGACGUUCUUUGACUUUGAUAUUAAUUGCAAGACGAUCCCGUCAUUUUGCCGGAACCCGAUAUCUCAAACGCGGUGUCAAUGAACAAGGCAAAGUGGCCAAUGAUGUCGAGCAUGAACAAAUCCUCAUUGACGAUGGUGCCAAACACGUUUUCUCGUCGUAUCUCCAAGUCCGAGGAUCCAUUCCGACCUUUUGGACGCAAGAGUCCAGUGUCACAAUGCCCAAACCACCCAUUGAAUUGAAUCGCGUCGAUCCCACUUAUACCGCCACACAAUUGCAUUUUCAAGAUUUAUUGACGCGCUACGGCAGUCCCAUUUGUGUCUGGGAUCUUGUCAAACAAUCCGAAAAACGAGAACGAGAAGUACGCGUCGGGAAUGAAUAUCGACAUGCCAUUGAUUAUAUCAAUACCAGUGUCGAAGAACCACAUAAAAUACGGUAUUGCGCCCUCGAUUACAGUCACAUUUCCAAACAUCGCAAUCUCGAUGUCAGUACCAGUCUCAAUGAAGUCGCUACUUGGGCGGUCAAUCAAACGGGAUUCUUUUGUUCGAGGCCCAAAUGGAAAAUUUUGAAAGGAGGACGGAUUGAACCGUUUCUGGAUGAUGUCGAUGGAGCCAAUACGGCUCUCUUGACCAAACAAUUGGGGGUGCCCGUAUUUGCCAUGGAACAGCGGGGGGUAUUACGGACCAAUUGUAUCGAUUGCUUGGAUCGAACCAAUGUGGCACAGUUCAGUGCGGGUGUCGAAGCCAUUGAACAACAGUUGGUCGUCAUGGGGAUACGAAGUAGUGCCAAACUGGAUUCCACGGCAAACAUUGUCAGAGUCUUGAUUGACAUGUACGUGGACAUUGGGGAUAGCAUUGCUUUGCAAUAUGGAGGAUCGGAGGCACACAAGAAAGUUUCCACGGAACGAUCGGAAUCCACCAUUGCGGGUCCGAUUGGAAAGCACAAAGAGUUGCUCACGUCCAUUCGGAGAUACUAUAGCAACGCCUUUACGGAUCGAUUGAAACAGGACGCCAUGAAUCUAUUCCUUGGCUAUUAUGUUCCCUAUCGGCAUAGCACUGCUCUUUGGGAUUUGCAGGACGAUUUCUACUUGCACAACUACCACGUAAAAACCGGAAAGGGAGCAAUGCACAACAUGCAGACGUAUCAAAGGGCAUUCGGCAUUGAAUGGCAAGAUGAUUCUGACCUUGCCGAUGGCGGGGAUCGAAACCGUGUAAAACCACAACCCGCAAGGCGCAUGUCGUCGGCAGACACAUUCAACCUUCCUCCUCGUCCGAUGGCAGAUCGGGUCACCUCCAAGGAUUCUUCCACCAGAGACAAUCCUGGCGAGGAGUCUCGGCGGAUUGCCAACGUUCGCGAGCGAUGUGUGGCACAGAACAAGGCGCUUUCCAUUUGGUGGAAAGCGGCAAUUCAAGCCAAUAUUCAAUCGAGAAUGUGGAUGCAGCUUGGUGCCAGCCCGACAGAGUCCAUGCUGCCUCCGCGCUUCGAAAGGCUGUAUCAACCCGAACGGAUUGCCCAAUUUGACCGUUUCUUUGCACGAGGAUGGGCUACUCCCGUCAGGAGAUCUCACUCGGCACAGCAUACGAAAGGAUCCUCCGACGACGAAACCGGCGCAAGAGAAUUCCGACGAAGUGUCCAGCGUCAAUCGGAAGAAGAGACCGCUUCUCGUGACGAAGACGACUCGGACGAGCGUGUGACUCUCACACUGGACAACUUUGUCACUGGGUACGGCUUGCAACCUCAACACAAGCCAACGCUGAAAGGAUUUGUCAAACACCACGACAUCAAGAGGCCCAUUAGCAGUGCACAAGACACCACUGGCAUCGGUCCGGGUGGAGUGCACCCAUCGUAUCUGGGGCGGUUGGGUCAUGAUCAGCCACGGGAAGAGUAUCAACGAUACGCAAGUCCGAUGAGUGACAUCACAUCCAUCAAAAAAGAGUAUCGCGCAGGUGCCAAGGAAGAGUUUGAGAAUCUUCUACAAAGCUACUCUUUGAAGGCCGACGACGUCGCUGGGAUUCGCAAGCUUGCCGAAUCAGCCCACAUUGGUAGGACUAUCAAGAGUGGUCAAUUCCGUGGGCUCUCCCAUGAUGAGUCUGCCAUUGAGGUUGCAACGCUUGUGCACGAACAGUUCAAUGCUUUGGAGAGUAUGAGGUCCAGAGGGGAUUUGUCACCGGAAGGAAUCUCCCUCGUUGAUAUGGAACUCAAGCGUCGUGGCAUGGACGCUUCGGGAGUUCGUGACACUGUGGCUUCGGAAUGGGAACGAUGCAACAAGGCAGAAAAGCAGUAUUCCGAGGUUCUCCAUCCAGCCACAGCUGCCUGCCGCCGAAGCGACCUCACAACUUCGAACUCUCUCAACCUGUAUGCCUCUCUUUAUGACGAAGGAACCGAGCUGUCGAUUCCGGACCUCAUCUUCCUUCUCGGGAAGAAGCCCCUGGAAGCGUCCAGCGAGGCACCGAAGAAGUGUCUUGACGGAGGCAAGGACAAGGUUUCGUUUGUGGAUAAGGCAGCACGUAUUGGCGUGCCAAUUGUUCCGCACGAGGAAGUCAUGACCCACAAGUCUCCUCCACUAUUCCAGUUUGAACGGCAACGGAAGGUUCCUUCAGGAUUCGAGCAGAUCAACGAAGACAUGUUCGCCCGUAAAGACAACAAGUUUAUGGUAUUCAACGGCGCGGGGGUUGACUCAUGGAAGGGUUCCGUUCCUUUGACGAAAGUCAGCAGUAUGGAAGAAGACCUCUUGCUUGCGCUUGGAUAGAAGCUGGGCUUCGGUUUAACAAUCUUGGUAGCUAGAAACAACUAGCUACAUGGCUAGCAAAAGGCUCGACUUUUUCUUGAAAGACUACCGUAGUGGACCUGCUAGCUAGUUUAUCCUAGUAGUAAACGAAGGAGCUGUUAGAAAACAACCCUUGCCUGUCGUGUCGCUCCCACUACCAGACUGAAAAACGUUGGAACGCAACUGUGUACAGUACAGUCGUACGGAGGGUUUUCCGUAGCUAGCUAAACUACUUGGAUGAAGGUUCGAAGGACUGCAAGCCUUUAAAAGAUUGUGGGAGCGUGAAUGAAAUAAGAAGAAAUAACGUGGCCCGGGAAGUCUACCCCAAAACAAAGGUGGCUGGUCGGGCCGUUGCACAGAUCUUGCUGUUCAAUACACGAAGGUUCAUUAGCCGAUCAAGUCCAAACACGGAGACACUCCUACCCGUCAAAAUGACAGGUUGGCCACUUCCCCCCGUUUUUCUACUAUUUAAGCCAGCGGAGCUUUGGAACCUCCGCAGAAAGGUUCGAGUGUAGACGCAGAUACCCCUAUGCAUAGUGCUGAGCUUAGCUAGCUAGAAGCAGACACCCCUAGUACCCGGUAGCUAGCUAGAAGCAGAUACCUCUAGCUAGCAGAUACCCAUAGAAUACAUGUGAAGCUUUAGCUGUUUCAAAAGCAGCACCCAAGGAUACUUUAAA